CAUGGCAGGAGUCUGCAGAAGGUGAGGGAGGAGGGGAGGUCUGUGGUUGGUGCACUGCUAUGUGACGUCAGCGGCUUGUUGGAUUGAGGUGCUCUGUCCUGCUGAUUUUAAUCCUUAAGUCAUUAGGGACCAGAGAGCUAGUGCCUGUGCAAGCCCUCUGGGGGAGGAGGGAAAGUGCCGGGGAGAAGGAACAAACUCUCUACAGCUAAUUUACAGCUUGAGAUACAAGAGGGGAGAAAUCAAGCGUUUUAUCCGCGCUUCUCGGGUUCAUGCCCACUUUGCCUCAUUUCGCUCUUUUCCCCUAAAUCUUUUUUCACUUGCAAUCCCAACGCGUGGCCUGUUCCAACAUGCCGACCAACGGAAUAAAUAAGGCCCUGAAGCUGCAAUUCGGGCUCGUCAACUACGAGAGCCGCUACCUGACGGCCGAGGCGUUCGGCUUCAAGGUGAACGCCUCGGGCGUCAGCAUGAAGAAGAAGCAGAUCUGGACCUUGGAGCAGGACGAGCAGGACGGCCAAGUAGUGUUCCUCCGCAGCCACCUGGGCCGCUACCUGGCCUCCAACAAAGAUGGAAAGAUCACAUGCGGGGCAGAGAGGCCCGACGCCGACUGUCGCUUCCUUAUUGUGCCUCAGUCCGACGGUCGCUGGGCACUGCAGUCAGAGCCUUACCUGCGCUACUUCGGGGGCUCGGCCGACUACCUGUCCUGCUUCGCCCAGGUCAUCGGGGAACAGGAGCUCUGGGCCGUCCACUUGGCUUUGCACCCGCAGGCCAGCCUGCUCAGUGUGGCGCGUAAGCGCUACGCCCACCUGUCCGCUUCGGACGGAGAGAUCUCGGUGGACAGCAACAUUCCCUGGGGGGUGGACUCUCUGGUCACCUUGGUAUACCUGGAUGGCAAAUACAGCCUGAAGACCUGCGACAGCCGUUUCCUCAGCAACGAUGGCAAACUGGUGAAGGAGAACAGCGACAGCACCAGCUUCACGCUGGAGCUGAAAUCCGGGAAGUUGGCCUUUAAGGACUGCGGCGGGAAGUACCUAACCCCGAUGGGUCCCACGGGGACCCUGCGCUCCGGCCGAUGCUCCAAGCCGGGAAAGGAUGAGCUGUUUGAUCUCGAGGAGAGUCAUCCGCAGGUGGUUUUUCAAGCUGCCAAUAAAAGAUACGUCUCGGUCAAGCAAGGAGUGAGCAUUUCAGCCAAUCAAGAUGUGGAGACAGACAUGGAGACCUUCCAGAUGGAGAUCGAUAAGGAAAGCAAGAGGUCUAUGUUCAGGACCAACGGGGGAUCCUACUGGACUCUGGUGACUCACGGAGAGAUCCAAUCCACUGCCACAGAAGUCAAGGUCAACACCAUGUUUGACAUCGAGUGGCGAGGGCAGAGGGUGGCGCUCAAAGCCAGCAACGGAAAGUACGUGUGCACGAAGAAGAACGGCCAGCUGUCGGCGGUCAGCGACACAGUGGGUGACGACGAGUUGUUCCUGAUGAAACUCAUCAACCGCCCCAUGCUGAUCCUUCGCGGCGAGACGGGCUUCGUGUGUCACCACAAGAACUCCAACACCCUGAACGCCAACCGGUCCGUCUACGACAUUUUCUCGUUGAUCUUCAACGACGGCGCCUAUAAUAUCAAAAGUGUGAAUGGAAAGUUCUGGUACGUCUCGAGCGGCGACCUUGUGUGCUCGGACGGAGAAAAGCCGGAGGACUUCUUCCUCGAGUUCGUGGAGCACGGACGCGUCGCCAUCAAAGGCUCUGACGGCAAGUACCUCCGUGGAGACCAGGGAGGAACGUUGAUGGGUGACGGUACAACUGUCGAUGUGUCGUCUCUCUGGGAGUAUUGAUCAGGGCCCUCGAGAAGGAAGCAAGAGAGUGAGGUGCAGGACCUGCUUCAGCUCAGAUGAAGAGGACUGAACAAGUAAUAUUUUCCUGACUGUUUUUAUACAGGCUGCCAGGUGCCCAAUCUCAUGGUUUUUUUUGGUUGUUGUUCUUUUUUUUUAUUUUUUUUUUUUAAUUGGGAUGAGGCGAACACAUUAGGAAGAUAUGUGUUUUUUACAGUCAAUGUUCAAUGUUGUGUUUUUUUAAAUGACAAUGCCAACAUCGCUCGACACAUAUUGUGUGAAAACAUGUUAUAUCACAAAAACAGAAUAUUUCGUGGCUGUCCCAAUUCCAUCAGACAUACUUAGUAGGUACAAUAUAGGUCGAGGGACAACCGAAUAUCUUUGAGGGCAGCCAUAGGGAUCCUUGCAAAUAAAAUCACUGUCGCUGUUGUAAGAGUGUAGCUGCCCGACUGGUACGUGAGGGCCAACUAGAUUAUCUGCUUUCGUUGAAUUUGUUUAGCAAAAGUAGAAUAAAUGUCUCUCCAAACAUUGAAAAAAAAAAUCUUAUUUAUGAAAAGGUUAUUUUGGUUCAGGUGACUAGAACUUAAUCGACCUCCUUUAUUGGGAUAUUUAAAUAACCUGGAUGCUACUGCUGAUCCCACUGGGUAUGUUUACAGACUUAUGAGUUCAAUACUUGAUAUAUUGAUACAUUCUAUUGGUCAUCAUGUGAUCAUUGGCGUCACUCAGAGCAAAGGCAAUGCAGCGAUGGCUGGUGCCGAUGAUAAGUCCAUUUAUCUCAAUAGACCAUGUACAGCUUCCAUAAAAGCACCACGUGAAGUAGGUGAAAUAGACUUUAAUGUCUCAGACACCUGCAAUGCUGAUCAAUAUCCAAAGAGGACUCAACUGAGUACCACAGCAAACACUGAAAUAGUUUUUUGUGUAAAACAGAGGUCAGGACGUGUCCAGGGACGGAUGUCAGCACAGAUGUCGUAUGUAUGCCUAGCACAGUUACACAUUUCAAUGUACGUGGUAUGAACUCAGGCCAAGUGCUCCUCUGGUGUUCUGCCUCGGGGCCUUUAACAGUACUGCCCUCUCUAACCAAUUACACACUGUUCUGAUGAUCAGAGCCGAGAGGCCAGAGAUUUAUAUAACGGACAGAUUUGGAGAAAGAAAAAUGUCUUACAGGAAUAUGUUCGGCCACUGCAACAGCGACUGACGUCGAACCCAUAUCCAAUGUCGGCAGCAAGCAUGUUAUGUUUCACUGUUGACAACGCUGGGGUCACUGCCUUCCCUCUGGCAUUGGGCAUGGCUUUAGGCCGGGAACAUCCCGUUGAAACAGACAUGGAACAACAGUUAUUUCACAAAAUGCUCCAGUGUAAAAUGUGAUCAGGUGGAUGCACUCUGGACUCUUUCAAAGGAGGACGUUCUAGUGUUUUUAUCUCAACGUCACACGCUGCCCUGACUUUAUUGGCACAGAUGUUGGUGCACAGGGAACAGGAAGACCCGACUCCAUAUACAAUUUAUCCUGUCGAUUUGUGGCAGUCAUUUACCUGGAAGAAAAGAAAUCCGCAAUAGUUUAAGUGUAAUGUAAUUACAACCCGUGUUUAUUCGAAACCUGUGUUUUUGUGAUAUGUGCAAUUUGCAAUUAAUAGAGGGACAUUUUAGAAAGCAGGGUCUAAAAGGCGAUCCUGUCAGCCCCAGCCAUAUUUUAGAAUGGAUAGAUUAUUGAUUGUUGUAUAUUUGCUUUCUGAUAUGAAUUUUGAAAAUGUUGAUAACAAUAAAAACUUG